AUGGAGGCCAAGGGAGAAAUUAAUCAGAGAGAAACAAGGAUGAAAAGAAAAGAGAUGCUGGAAAAGAAGAAAUCAGUUCAUGAAAUAAUGAAAACGGCUGCUUCGGAAAAAGACUGUCUCUCUCACUUCCCGCAUUUUCGCCAUUAUCAACGGAAUGGCUUGUGCAUACACUUAGAGUCUGGACGUGGAGAUAAGCUAUCAUCCGAUACAAAAAAAUGCAUUCUAAACCUUCUUAAGUUAAAUAUGGAGGCUCCUUAUGGACCCGAGUGGCCAGCAGAGGAGAAGGUGAAACGGAGGGAAAUGGUAGCUUCAGAAGCUCGCUAUAUAUUUGUGCAUGAAAUUCCAAAUGAAGAUGCUAUCAAAGAGUCUGAGUCAGUGGACAAGGAAAGGAAAUUUACUUGUUACCCAAUUGUUGGUUUUGUACAUUACAGAUUCAUCCUAGAGGAAGAAAUACCUGUUCUUUAUGUUUACGAGUUACAACUUGAACCUCACGUUCAAGGAAAGGGGUUAGGGAAAUUCUUAAUGCAAUUAAUCGAGUUUAUUGCUUGCAAGAAUAGAAUGGGAGCCGUGGUGCUAACUGUUCAAAAAGCAAAUUUGUUAGCUAUGGACUUUUACUUGCAUAAACUAAAGUACACUGUAUCUGCAAUUUCACCAUCAAGGGUUGAUCCGUUGUUAGGACUAGAGAAGAGCUAUGAGAUUCUUUGUAAAGCAUUUGACCAUGAAGCUCAAGUAGUGUUGGAGGCAUCCUAA